AGUGAAAAAGAAAGCUAGAAGAUGGAGAUCAAUCAUGGAAAGAGAGAGAAUCGAUCUGUUUCAAGUUUUACGUGAAAAAGCAGAAUAAAACGAAGAAGACGGCGACGUUUUGCUGAGAGCGCGGGAGAGCGCGUUUCCCCUGACAUUUGUGGAGGUCAUUAGCGGGAAGUGUAGGGCCAAAUCGGAGAUUGUGGAAUGAAGGGGGAGAGGGAGAGAGAAAUAGGGAGGGGCGGAUGUCGGUUGCCACCAGCAUAUCAUUUCGGUUGAGCUGGCCUUCUUCCGUGCCCUCCUCUGCUUCAGUCUCACCUUCGUCUUCUUCUGUGCUUUCAUUUUUGUUUCUCCGCCUCUACUGUUCUUCUGCUCUGCGUUCUCCCUCUUGGUUUGCUUCUGUUGAAUCGGAGGGAGAGAGGGCGAAGAUGGUGUUGGCGACCGGCCCCCCACAGUCUCUGGUCGAGAGGCUCAAGGACUACGGACAGGAGGACGUCUUCACCCUCUGGGAUGACCUAUCCCCUGAAGAGCGCGACCUCCUCGUCAAGGACAUUGAGAGCUUGGAUCUUCCGAGGUUGGAUCGGAUCAUUCGUUGCUCUCUCCGCUCUCAAGGUAACCCUUCACCGAAGCUUGAGCCUGUGCCAGAGUCAAGUGUUUCAAUGGCGGAGGAGAGGACUAUGGAAGAGAGGGAGAGGUGGUGGAAGAUGGGUUUGAAAGCUAUCUCCGAGGGGAAAUUGGGUGUUCUGCUUUUGUCCGGAGGGCAGGGCACAAGACUUGGAAGUUCAGACCCCAAGGGAUGCUUCAAUAUUGGGCUUCCUUCAGGAAAGUCACUGUUUCAACUUCAGGCAGAGAGAAUAUUAUGUGUUCAGAAACUUGCAGCUCAGUCUGUAGCAGAAGGCUCUGGCAUUUGUUUACCUAUCCACUGGUACAUCAUGACUAGCCCCUUUACUGAUGAUGCUACGCGCAAGUUUUUUGAGAGCCAUAGGUACUUUGGCCUGGAAGCAGACCAAAUUAGUUUCUUCCAACAGGGAACUAUUCCUUGUGUAACCAAAGAUGGCAAGUUUAUAAUGGAGACUCCAUACAAGGUGGCAAAAGCACCAGAUGGAAAUGGAGGAGUUUAUGCUGCAUUGAAGUGUUCAAGGCUGUUAGAAGAUAUGGCAAUGCGAGGGAUCCGAUAUUUGGAUUGUUAUGGAGUUGACAAUGCACUGGUCCGAGUUGCUGAUCCUACAUUCUUGGGUUAUUUCAUUGAUAAAGGUGUGUCUGCAGCAGCAAAAGUUGUUCGGAAGGCGUACCCACAAGAGAAGGUUGGUGUGUUUGUUCAACGAGGAAAAGGUGGCCCUCUUUCUGUUAUUGAGUAUAGCGAAAUGGAUCCAGAGAUGGCAUGUGAUAUUAAUCAAAGCACAGGCAGGCUACGGUAUUGUUGGAGUAAUGUAUGUCUGCAUAUGUUCACUUUGGAUUUCCUGGUUCAAGUAGCAAAUGGCCUUGAAAAGGAUGCCACCUACCACCUUGCUGAGAAGAAAAUUCCUUCAAUACAUGGGUAUACCAAUGGGUUGAAGUUAGAACAAUUUGUAUUUGAUGCAUUUGUAUACGCUCCAUCAACUGCACUCUUUGAGGCACUACGUGAGGAAGAAUUUGCACCGGUGAAAAAUGCCAAUGGUUCAAAUUUUGACACCCCAGAUAGUGCUCGACUACUUGUACUUCGUCUUCACACCCGCUGGGUUGUUGCUGCAGGUGGAUUUCUUACACACACAGUUCCGCUAUAUGCGACUGGGGUCGAAGUGUCUCCUCUAUUAUCUUAUGCUGGAGAAAAUUUAGAGCCUUUCUGUCGGGGAAAAACAUUUCAUGCGCCAUGCGAGAUCACACUCUAAUUGGAAGUGCAGUUUUCUUGUACAUGUUAGCUUCGGGAUGUGUCUAUUCUGGCACAGCGCAUGCCUAUUCAGCGAAAUUCAUGUGAGGUCGGAAACUAAACGGGCGAAAGAGCUGAUUUCUAGAAUGCCUGCCUAAGUCUGUCGCAUCCAGUACUUCAAACUGAGGCCUGUAAAUUUAGUGGUAGUAUGAUGUUAGAGUUUCUAUUGCUGCCAUAUCGGCAUUGAUGGUUCUCUGCCUACUGCAUCCGCUUGUGCUUCUUUCCCCAUUUUUUGGGAUCCUUUUCUUUUUCUGCUUAAUUUUUGAGGGUUCUGUGAGGUGUGCUAUUUCUCGCUUGUCCUUUGUUUUGCCAGAGAAUCUGUAAAUUCUUUGGCGACCCUUAUUAAUUACAAAGCUAGUGAUGCCAAAAAGUUUUUACCGUCA